AUGUCAAAAGAUGUCUUCGUGCGUCGGUUUCGACCCUAUCUCUUCUCUGGCUUCAAGCGCUCCCAAUACCUUCCUGCACGUGCCUUCGCCUCAAAGCCAUAUCUUCGCGCAAAAGAGAAGCAGCAAGAUGUGACACAUGAUUACGAGAAAAGAGUAGCACAGCUGCAGGCUUAUAGGCCAUUGUCAGAAUGCUACCCUAGACUUGAGAACGUGGAUGUACAAGACAGUGCUGGGAAGAAGGCCUUUAAGAGUCAAUAUGAGCACCUGGAGGUAGGUAUCAACCCAGCGGCUGACUCCCUGCUAGGAAGAAUACAUUCCAUACGGACUGCUGGAUCAAAGCUGCUCUUCAUAGACGUGAAGCAGCCAGACGGCACACUUCAGGUAGUCUGUCAGCUGGGAAAGCUUCAAGACGGAGAUGGCAACAUCACUUCAGAAGUCUUCAAAGGAAUUGCGAAGAUAGCCAGGAAAGGUGAUGUGUAUGAGUUCACAGGAUGGCCUCAUCGCACUGCCAGGGGUGAGCUGUCCCUGCUCGCCACGGAUAUGCCUACUCUUCUAUCACCAUCACUCCAUCAGAUACCAGAGGCAUUCGAGGAUCCUGAAGCCCGCGCCCGCGCUCGCCAUGUGGACAUGCUUGUCAACCCAGAUGCCAUACGAACACUGCGUGUUCGCCAUGAAGUCGACGCAGGUCUGCAAGAAUACUUCAACGACAGAGGCUUCACCAGAGUGUACACGCCCAUUCUCGGUGCAGGCGCAGGAGGAGCUACCGCACGACCCUUCGAAACCGAAGCUACAGAAUUCAAUGGAGAGAAGCUGAAUCUACGGAUUGCCCCUGAAUUAUGGCUCAAACGUCUGAUUGUAGGAGGCAUGCAUGCUGUGUACGAGAUUGGCCCUGCAUUUCGCAAUGAAGGCGUUGAUGCUACACACAACCCUGAGUUCAACAUCUGUGAAUUCUACAAGGCAUACACGACCCUAGACGAUUUGAUGAGGAUGACCGCAUCUCUACUACUCCAUCUCAGCUCGCAUGUGAAGGAUUCGUCGUUUGCUGUGGACGCACUUAAGACUUUCGAAGAGGUGGAAUUCAUACCCGGCUUGCAGUCAAAACUACAGCAUCAACUCCCCGACCUCCAGUCCCCGCGAGCCCAGGAACAAGUACUCGCCAUCUUCGACAAGUACGAACUCGUCAAGCCGUCCAACCCAACCCUACCUCGCCUGCUCGACACCCUCGCCGCCUACUUCCUCGAGCCGCUAUCCAACGAGAACAACCCGACUUUCAUCACCCACCACCCCGCCUGCCUCUCGCCGCUCAGCAAACACUUCACCUGCCCCCAAACAGGCCAGAUCGUCGCCGCCCGCGCUGAGCUCUUCAUCAACGGCCGCGAGUACGCCAACAUGUACGAGGAGGAGAACAGUCCUUUUGAACAGAGGCGGAAAUUCGAAGAACAGCUCAAACAGCGUGAGACUGAUGCCGAGGCGAUGGAGCUGGAUGAGAAUUACUUGCAGGUGCUGGAGUGGGGAAUGCCGCCGACGGGGGGUUGGGGCUGUGGGGUGGAUCGCUUGGUUAUGUUGUUUAGUGGGAGGGAGAGGAUGGCGGAUGUGUUGCCGUUUGGGAGUUUGAGGAAUGUGGUUGGGUUGGGGAGUGGGAAGAGGAAGUAA